AUGCCCCGCUGCUUCGAGUCCAAGGAUCGCUCGGGGAAGCCGGAAGCUGGCGAGACGACAGCAACACAGACUAGUGCAAAGCAGCAGGUACGGAGUACCAGGCAGCAGAAUGCCGUGCAGGCAGAGAAUCGGCCGAGAAGAGGGAGAAGGAUCGGUUCGCACACAGCGGUCGGUCGGGUUGUGACGGGCGAUUUGAUGGAGCGGGCGAGCGAUGCGUUGCAGCUGGUCGUAGUUCGAUUGUGCUUCGUAGGCGGCAGCAUAACAAACCAGACAGCCUUUCGAACUAGCGCCGCGAAGCCUGUUCCUUCCAGCCUCGAGCGCCGCAGCUGCCUCAGGCCGCCAUUCUCUGGGCGACGACACCACGGUGGAGUACAAGUCCGGUGCACGGGCCACAUUCUGGAAAGGGAAAGCUCAGAGCACAUACGAAAGCUCAAAGCUGCCUGCUUUGCGUGCCUGUAUCGAAGAGACGACGAAUCCACAUCGACCACUUCGGCGUCACCACCAGCAGCGACCAACCCGUAA